AUGGCAGCUGGGCCAAAUGGGCUCGAGGAAUGGGUGGGCAGCGCAUACCUGUUUGUGGAGUCUUCACUGGACAAGGUGGUCUUGUCAGAUGCCUACGCUCACCCCCAGCAGAAAGUGGCAGUGUACAGAGCUCUGCGGACUGCCCUGGCAGAGAGUGGCGGGAGCCCAGACGUGCUGCAGCUGCUCAAAAUCCACCGCAGCGAUCCGCAGCUGAUUGUGCAGCUGCGUUUCUGUGGGCGCCAGCCCUGCGGCCGCUUCCUCCGCGCCUACCGCGAGGGGGCGCUGCGCGCCGCGCUGCAGGGGUGCUUGGCGGCGGCGCUUGCCCUGCACUCGGUGCCGUUGCAACUGGAGCUGCGCGCCGGCACGGAGCGUCUGGACACCUUGUUGACCGAUGAGGAGCGCUGUUUGAACUGCAUCUUCGCCCAGAAGCCCGACAGGCUCCCCGACGAGGAACUCACUGAGUUGGAGGAUGCGCUCAGGAAUCUGACGUGCGGCUCAGGGGGCCAGGGAGGCGAAACGGAGGGUGCUCCGGGCCCCUCGCAGUCCCUGGCCCCCUCUCCAACGGAGGAGAAGCCGCUGCCGUCUGGCCAGACUUUUCUGUUCCAGGGUCAGCCCGUAGUGAACCGGCCGCUGAGCCUGCAGGACCAACAGACGUUCGCGCGCUCAGUGGGCCUCAAAUGGCGGAAGGUGGGGCGCUCCCUGCAGCGCGGCUGCCGCGCGCUGCGGGAUCCAGCGCUUGACUCACUGGCUUAUGAGUACGAGCGCGAAGGGCUAUACGAGCAGGCCUUCCAGCUGCUGCGGCGCUUCGUGCAGGCCGAGGGGCGCCGUGCCACACUGCAGCGCCUGGUGGAGGCGCUCGAGGAGAACGAGCUCACCAGCCUGGCGGAAGACUUGCUGGGCCUGACGAAUCCAGAUGGAGGCCUGGCCUAGGUUGGGUACCAGAGAAAGGGGCGGUGAGCCAGUUGCCCAGCCAAGGUUUGGAGCACUUGGAUGACUCCAUAGGGUCCCUUCUGCUGCUACUGCUGACCGACCUCUGUUCAUCCACGGGACUCUGAGACCACAAUUACCACCGCACUUAGCAGAGCUGCUGGAGCUGCUGGAGCCGCUGGGUGGAGUUGACUAUCUUUUGCAGGAGUCGGACAAGCACUCACAAGCCUGCUGGGGCGUCACUGGGGGUUCUGCUCUGGAGACUUUGAUAGAGACAAAGUGUAUGGGUGACCUGCUGCAGAGGUUGGCCUCACCCGCUCCCACCCCAGAAGAGGGGCUUCCAGUCAGACCUUACCUCUUCACUCAUCGAACCUUCAUUCAUUAAGGAACUGCUGUAUUCUAGGCAUCAUCUUGGGUGCUGCAAAUACUGUGGUACACGAAUUCUGCCCGCGCCCAGCUCACACUCAUUGUGAAACUCCAAAUAUUAAGCAACAGUAAUAAAAUACCACCCGUUUUUUAAUGUGAAAAAUACAA